CGACAGCUGAAGUGUGAACGCGCGCCUGGAAAUGCGCGUUCACCGGAGAGCAGGCGACUUUUUCCGGAAGGCGCACGUCACGGCGGCAGACACUCCACUCUGCGCACUUUGCUACACGUCUCGGGAAUUAUUACCUUUUUUUGGGACGUAAACGCCAGCAGCAGUAAGAGACCUGCUUCCUGUCACCUGUGCAGACAUGGCUGAGGUGGAGGCCGCGGUCCUGGCGGAGAAGGAGGCCGAGGUGAACGGCGUGGGGCGUGGCCACCGAGACGUGGCGGGGAAGGAGGCCGAGGUGAACGGCGUGGGCCGUGGCGAGCAGGACAAAGUCUGCGGAGAGAAGAGCAAAAGAAGGAAAGCUGCUAAAAGCCAGCAGGAGGAGGACGAGCGAGCUGACACGGACCUGCAGGACAAUAUUUCUGAUUUGAUGCUGAAAAAAGAGAAACUGCUGCGAUCCAAGAAGCCGGUGGCCAGAAGCUACGUGCCCAGCCUGAACAAAGAGAAGGGCGACGUCACCAACAAGUUUGCCAGCAUGCAGAAAGCCAGAGAGGAGCGAAGCAGGCAGAGGAGCCGAGAACAGCAGCAGAAGAGGAAGGACCAGUAUGUCAAGGAGAGGGAGUGGAGCCGCAGGAAGCAGCAGAUGAAAGAACUCCUGGCUUCCAGCGAUGAGGAGGAAGACGUGAAGACCAAGGUGGAGAAGUCCUACGUGCCCAAGAUCACAGGCAGUGUGAAGGGCAAGUUUGCUGAGAUGGAGAAGCAGCGUCAGGAGGGCGAGAAGAAGAAGAUGGAGGGAGAGAGGAAGAGGAGGGAGGCCCAGGACAACAUGGAGAAGGACAAAAUCACACGGGAGUUGGCCAAGAAGGCGGCGGAGGAAGGAGACGACACCUUCCUGGUCAAGGUGGUUCCUAUGAAGUCAUCGCGAGCGCCAGGCAAAAUCAAAGUGAACUUUGAAGACAUGGAGAAGAGUCGAGAGGAGGAGCUGCAGAAGGCGGCGGAGGACGAGAAGAAGCGGCGAUACGAUGAAAACAAGCGCUCCUUCAGGGAAGCCAAGCGGCGCUCCAUUGUCCCGGAGGAGGACCAGGACAAGCCGGCAGAGAGGACCCAGGCCACUCCCGGGAAGCUGAAGAUGACCUUUGAGGAGCUGGAGCGGGAAAGGCAAGAGCAGAGGAAGAAGAAAGGCGAGGAGGAAGCCAAGCGACGCCUGCAGCAGGAGAAGAAAGCUUUUGAGGAGGCCCGACUGGGAUUGGACCAGGACCAGGACCAGGAAGACAGCCUGCAGUCACACGCUCAGGACGACAAGGAGGCGUUCCGACCUGGAAAACUGCGGCUGAGCUUUGAAGAAGUGGAGAGGCAAAGGGUGGAGGAGGAGCGCAAGAAGGCGGAGGAGGAGGCCAGGAGGCGGAUGGAGGAGGAGAGGAGAGCUUUUGCCGAGGCCAGGAAGAGCAUGCUCGUGGACGAGGACGACGAGGUCCUGAUGGCCUUACUCAACCUGGAGGGCAGCGAGCCCGGGAAGAUCUGCGCCAGCUUUGAGGAUCUGGAGCGGCAGAGGAGAGAAGAGGAGCAGAAGAAGGCGGAGGAGGAGGCCAAGAAGAGACUGGAGGAGGAGAAGAAACUCUUUGCCGAGGCCCGUAAAAGCAUGGUCUUGGAUGACGACGGCGUGCUGGUGAAGACGGAGUCGCAGGAGGCGCUGCACCCGAGAAAACUGGAGAUGAACUUUGAGGAGCUGCUGAAGGAGAAGGAGGAAGCCGAAAGGAGGCGCAAGUCGGAGGAGCGCAAGCAGAAACUGGAGCAGGAGAAGCAGGAGUUUGAACAACUCAGACAAGAGAUGGGCGAGGACGAAAUAAACGAAAGCUCCAACGUUGUGAACCCGGAGUACGAAGAGUUGACCAAGCUCAAGAGGACGGGCUCCAUCCAGGCCAAGAACCUCAAGUCCAAGUUUGAGAAGAUCAAGCAGCUGACCGACGAGGAAAUCCAGAAGAAGAUCGAGAUGGAGAGAGCUCGCAGGAAGGCCGUCGAUGACGAAAUCCAAGAGAGGGAAGCUGAGCGCUUCCAGGAGGAGGAUGAAGAAAGUCAGCUGACCUCCGCCAAGGCUGAGGAGUCUCCGUUCAAACAGAAGGUGGACAUGAAAGCCAGGUUUGAACAAAUGGCCAAAGCCAGAGAAGACGAGGAGAGGAGGAGGAUAGAGGAACAGAAGCUACAAAGAAUGCAGUUUGAGCAACAGGAGAUUGACGCCGCGCUCGAAAAGAAAAAUGACGACACCGUACAGGAUGAGGCGAGCAUCAUCAACGGCUCCUACGAGGACGACGAAGAACACGCCAGAUCGGGCGCCCCGUGGUUUAAAAAACCUUUGAAAAACCAAUCGGUGGUGGACUCGGAGCCCGUCCGCUUCACCGUCAAGAUCACAGGGGAGCCCAAACCGGAGGUGACCUGGUGGUUUGAGGGAGAGAUGCUCCAGGACUGUGAAGACUAUCAGUACAUCGAAAGGGGAGAGACGUACUGUCUCUACCUGCCGGAGACCUUCCCGGAAGACGAGGGCGAGUACAUGUGCAAGGCGGUGAACAGCCGAGGCACGGCGGCCAGCACCUGCAUCCUCACCAUAGAAACUUAUGACUACUGAUGCUCUUCCACCCUCUGGAAACAGUUGUCUCGCACUCCUUUUGUAAAAUCUCCUUUGUCCCCCUUAACGUCGUAACUGGAAGGCUCAGCAUUCCUCGGGGAGGAAUACAACAUGACGCAAAAUAUGUUUACGUGUUGAUAAUCCGUCGUCACUUCCGUUUAGUACUGGAAAUGACCUGUGCCAAAAGUAUCAAGUCCACAGUCUCCUGGAGUUGCCAUGCUACUAGAGCCUGUAAGUCUAACAAACAUACACUUUAGAGAUGUCCGAUAAUAUCAGCCGAUAAAUGCUUUAUAACGUAAUAUCGGAAAUUAUCGAUAUUGGUUUCAACAAGUAAAAUAAGACUUUUUAAAACGCUGCUGUGUUUACGGACGUAGGGAGAAGUAGAGAGCGCCAAUUUAACUUAAAGGCAUUGCCUUUGCGUGCCAGCUCAGUCACAUAAUAACUACAGCUUUUCACACGUACGUCAAUGCAAAGCAUACUUGAUGAACAACCAUACAGGUCACACUGAGGGUGGCCGUAUAAACCAAUCAAUCAAUCAAUCAAUCAAUGUUUACUUAUAUAGCCCUAAAUCACUAGUGUCUCAAAGGGCUGCACAAACCACUACGACAUCCUCGGUAGGCCCACAUAAGGGCAAGGAAAACUCACACCCAGUGGGACGUCGGUGACAAUGAUGACUAUGAGAAACCUUGGAGAGGAGGAAAGCAAUGGAUGUCGAGCGGGUCUAACAUGAUACUGUGAAAGUUCAAUCCAUAAUGGAUCCAACACAGUCGCGAGAGUCCAGUCCAAAGCGGAUCCAACACAGCAGCGAGAGUCCCGUUCACAGCGGAGCCAGCAGGAAACCAUCCCAAGCGGAGGCGGAUCAGCAGCGCAGAGAUGUCCCCAGCCGAUACACAGGCGAGCAGUACAUGGCCACCGGAUCGGACCGGACCCCCUCCACAAGGGAGAGUGGGACAUAGGAGAAAAUGAAAAGAAAUGGCAGAUCAACUGGUCUAAAAAGGGAGUCUAUCUAAAGGCUAGAGUAUACAAAUGAGUUUUAAGGUGAGACUUAAAUGCUUCUACUGAGGUGGCAUCUCAAACUUUUACCGGGAGGGCAUUCCAGAGUACUGGAGCCCGAAAUAAAAAUGCUCUAUAGUCCGCAGACUUUUUUUGGGCUUUGGGAAUCACUAAUAAGCCGGAGUCCUUUGAACGCAGAUUUCUUGCCGGGACAUAUGGUACAAUACAAUCGGCAAGAUAGGAUGGAGCUAGACCGUGUAGUAUUUUAUACGUAAGUAGUAAAACCUUAAAGUCACAUCUUAAGUGCACAGGAAGCCAGUGCAGGUGAGCCAGUACAGGCGUAAUGUGAUCAAACUUUCUUGUUCUUCUUAUAAACAACUUUAAGACUGUUACAAAUAUGUGCCACACUGUGAACCUACACCAAACAAGAAUGCCAAACACAUUCCGCACCGUAACGCAACAUAAACGCAACAGAACAAAUACCCAGAAUCCCUUGCAGCACAAACUCUUCGGAGACGCUACAAUAUACACCCCCACCCCCAAACCCAACCCACCUCAAACUCCUCCUAGUCUCCCACAGGGAGAGCAUGUCCCAAAUUCCAAACUGCUGUUUUGAGGCAUGUUAAAAAAAUAAUGCAAUUUGGCAUUUUUUUUCCAUAACUUGAGCUGAUUUAUUUUGGAAAACCUUGUUACAUUGUUCAAUGCAUCCAGCGGGGCAUCACAACAAAAUUAAACAUAAUAAUGUGUUCAUUCCACGACUGUAUAUAUCGGUAUCGGUUUAUAUCAUUAUUGGUAAUGAAGAGUUGGACAAUAUAAUAUCGGACUGGCGAUAUUAUCGGCCGAUAAAUGCUUUAGAAUGUAAUAUCGGAAAUUAUCGUAAGUAAAAUUUAUGAAUUUUUAAAACGCCGCUGUACAGAGCAGCUGCGUCUCCUAAUCAUACUUGCCAAACUUCCCGAUUUUCCCAGGAUACUCCCAAACUUCAGUGCCCCUCCCGAAAAUCUCCCGGAGCAACCAUUCUCCCGAAUUUCUUCAAAUUUCCACCCAAACAACAAUAUUAGGGCGUGACUUAAAAGGCACUGCCUUUGCGUGUUGGCCCAAUCACAUAAUAUCUACGGCUUUUCACACACACAAGUGAAUGCAACGCAUACUUGGUCAACAGCCAUACAGGUCACACUGAGGGUGGCCGUAUAAACAACUUUAACACUGUUACAAAUAUGCGCCACACUGUUAACCCACACCAAACAAGAAUGACAAACACAUUUUGGGAGAACAUCCGCACCGUAACACAACAUAAACACAACAGAACAAAUACCCAGAACCCCUUGCAGCACUAACUCUUCUGUUAUGCUACAUCAGAGGUAGGGAACCUAUCGCUCGGGAGCCAGAUGUGGCUCUUUUGAUGACUGCAUCUGGCUCUCAGAUAAAUCUGAGCUGGCACACGAUAAAUAAUGAAUAAUUCCACUUGUAAUCACAGUGUUAAAAAACAAUGUUCAAAAUAUAAAACAUUGUCUUGCAUUUUUAAUCCAUCCAUCCGUUUUCUACCGCACCUGUUCAAAAAGUUGCAUUAAUGGUAAGAAGUUGUUUAUUUAUUAUUGGUUAGUGUGGGACUUGCCCUCCUGGGGGUUCUUCAGACCACCAAGCACUGACAUGAGAGCCUGUUUUAGGGUUACAAUAUUGUUUUAUUUUUCAAUAAGUCUCUCAGUUGCUUUCCAGCAAUUGUCUUUUUCUCUUUCGUUUUCGCUAGCGCUCUGGCUCCAGCCCCAACCCCGUCUCUCUUCCUGGCUGCUGCUUAUAACUGAGCGACAGGAGAUUAAAUAACAAGACCCAGGUGGGCCAUUUACGCACCUGUUGCUUAUUCAGAGGCCGGUCCUGGCGCACCCCAGUUCACUGCAGGCCGGCAGGCCACGCCCCUCCCACAGUUAGCUUUAGAAUAACAAUGUUAUUACAAAGAAUAAGAGACCUAUUAUACUCUAGAAAUGUUGGUCUUACUUAAAAAUGCACGCAUUUAUUUGUGUUCAGUGUUAAAAAAAAAUAUUAUAUGGCUCUUAUGGAAAUACAUUUUAAAAUAUUUGGCCUUGUGGUUCUCUCAGCCAAAAAGGUUCCCGACCCCUGUGCUACAAUAUGCCCCCCGCUAUCCUCCAAAACCGCCCACCUCAACCUCCUCAUGCUCUAUCAGGGAGAGCAUAUCCCAAAUUCCAAGCUGCUAUUUUGAGGAAUGUUAAAAAAAAAAAAUGCACUUUGUGACUUCUAUAAUAAAUAUGGUAUUUUUUUCCAUAACUUGAGUUGAUUUAUUUUGGGAAAACCUUGUUACAUUAUUUAAUGCAUCCAGCAGGGCAUCAUAACAAAAUUAGGCAGAAUGAUAUAUACUGGUGUCGGUUGAUAUCGUAAUCGGUAAUUAAGAGUUGGACAAUAUCGGAAUAAAGGAUACCUGCAAAAAAGCCAUUAUCGGACAUCUCUAAUACACAUGGAAUCGUUUAGUCUCGUUAGCGGUGCGUCUUUCCCCACAAACCACCAAGUAUAGAUACCUGAAUUUGUCAAACACACCAUGACACUGUCAAGCCAAAAGGAGCGAUAGUUCCCAACACAAAUGAAACAUGAGCAUCUUCAGUUGAAUUAAAAUCGGUUCAUUGGCAUUUUUAUUCUCUCACGUUUCCUUUUGAAGUUCUGUUGAAGUGUAUUACUCAUGGUACAUUUGAUAUGCAGUAUGCUGGACAGGAAGUAACCACGUCCUUGUUUGAUGAUGAUAAAAAAAAAAGGCAUUCUUAUUUGUCAUACAUUAUAAAAGAAAAAUGUUUUAUUAAAAUAAAUAAAAAUAUCCCUGUA